AUGCAAGCCGGUCGGGACAUCCCACACCCGCGCGAGCAGGACAACAAGCACGAACUGGAGGAGAUGCGAGAGGGCAGAGGGCUACUCCAGCGCCGCCUGCGUACGGCCUUUGACGACCCGACGUGGAGCGACCUCGCCUUCCGCUGCCAGUGGCCGCCCCACGACGCUUCUACUCGAGCCGAGCUCUUGCAGGGCUCCGGGGAAGAACCCUCCUCUCCGCCGUCUCCACCUUCUCCUUCACCCUCGCCGACCAGGGGGCCUGCUGCGCCCGAGCUGGAGGUGUACGUUCAUCGAGUAGUCGUGGCGGCCUGGUCCGACGCCCUGGCCCAGCUUUGCCAACUACACAGCAACAACAAGGAGGAGGAAGCUCGAGAAGGAAAAGUAGAACAAGUAGCGGGAGAGAUAAGAGGAGGAGGUGGAGGGGAUGGAGACACAACGACGCAGGACAGACAGCAGCUCAAGGUGCUCGACGUUUUCGAGGAGGAAGGGGAGCCGACGCAGAGGGGCAGUCGCAGGACCGUGGUCGAGCUCCAGGCGACGGUGCCGGACGACCCGAGCGCCCUCCGCUUGCUGCUGGCCUUCCUCUACUCGGGCGACUUGGCCCAAGCCCUCGACGACACGGCGGCCUGCCGCUUGGAUGGAUCGGGCGCUCAAUCGAAUGCCGGCUCCCGGGCCUUGGUGCGUCCUCACAUCUUGAGAUCCAUUCUCCAAGAUGCCGCGGGUGGCGACGACAUCUCGCCAGCGGACCGACAUACCGCAAAGAUGGUCGUGGCUCGGGCGGCCAAUCUCGGUCUGGGCUACGGCGUGCCAGAGCUUCAUCAGCAGUUCAAAUCUUCAUCAAUGUGGAUGGCCGACACCGAGAGUAGCCCGACGACUCCACCAUACCGCACAGCUGACGACGGCCGAGUCGAGAGCCCGCUCGACGCCCUUCUCGCCGCCGCGUCGCAGCACCCGCUCGUUCGGGCCGGCACCAUCCCCGCCGCCGAGUCGCCAUCCCCAAUCAAGCUGGGCGGAUUCCAGGAGGGCCGAUCCCUUCGCGGCAGCACCGAGAGGCGAGUGCCGGCCCGCUACUGCUCGCCCGACGUCGAGGUCUACAAGGGCACCUGGGAGGUCCGCGGCAAGCGCAAGCCGGCGCCCGUGGCUACUUCACCGUCGCCCGCGUCGCCCACAUCGUUCUCGCCGCAUACGUCGCCGCCUACAAUCGGACGCCGGUCGGCUCGUUUGAUGGAGCAGGAGCUCACCGUCGCCGAGACCACCGCCGACGUCAUGGCCGCGACUAAGGAGCGAGAGGCGGCCGACGACGACAGCGAACAAGAUCCGGAUUCCGGCAGCAGCGCCCUCGACACGCCCAAAAUGCAUUCGGUCGCGCGUCGCUCGUCCCGGCGCCAUUCGGGAGGACUCGAGCGAAAGCCUUUGGAGACCGACAUCAGAAAGAAGCGGAGGAAGGAGGAGGUAGAAGAGGUCGACGAGGAAGAGGAGGAAGACGACGAUGAAUACGAUCAACGGCACGAGUCGAUGCGCAUCAUUGCGAACGCCAACAAGAAGAGGCGCGCGGUGGCCAAGGCCAAGCAGACCCGGGAAAGCGCCGCCGCCGUGCCGCCGCCCGAGGACAACGCCGACGAGGAGACCUUCACCCUGGUCGAGGCCAACGACCACCCCACGGUUGACACCACCACCGUGUCAGCGGCCAAGUCACUCCCUGUGGCGGUGCUGGUCCCCCGAUCGGCCACGGAGCUCGCGUCGCCCCGUGGCGUGGGCGACGUCGCCGUCGACCAGCCCGUCGUGACGGAGACGCAGGUCUUGGCCGCCGCCGCCGCCUCCGGCCAGAUCCGCAGGUCGCUCAAACAGCUGCGCAAGGAGCACGGCAAGAACUGCCACAACUGCAAGACGCGCAAGAUCGACUUUGUGACCUGCCUCGUGCGGCCCACGCAUCGGUUCUGCGACGGCUGCCUGCGCAAGCUGUUCAACGUCGAGUUUGCCAACGCGCACGCCGAGUGGGACGGCAUCGUGCACCCCGAGGGCUGCGCCAUCUGCCGCCACAUGUGCCCCUGCGUGGGCUGCCGCAAGCGAGCGCACCCGCCGCCCACGGCCGCGUCGCCGGCGCGCAACAGCAGCGACGCCUCGCGCAAGGCCAAAAGGCCAAGGGACGACGCCGAUGCGACGGACCAACACGCACCACAGCGAGCCAACGGGAGUGGUCACUACGCAGCGGGGUCGGGCGACAACGACGACUCGCCGCGUACGAAGAAGCACAGAGACGAGAAGUCAGAGAAGAACGAGAAAAAGGAGGAAAAGGAAAAGAAGAAGGUAAAGGAGGAGAAGCAGACGAGCAGCAGCGGCAGCAAGAGGAGGCGGACUCGAAGCCUGAUAGACGGCCGAGAGUCGACGCAGGAGAAUGAGAGCGAGGACAGGGUGCGGAGGAGCAGCCUGGACAUGCACGAAGACGAAGACAGCGUCGAGAUGAUGACCGAUGCAGACUCCAGCGAGCAGCUCGCCGCCAUUCCGCCCGGCAAGAGCACCAGAUCGCGCUCCAGGCGGAGAGAGUCGGCCGCCGCCGCUGCCGUCACGUCGCCGCCGCCGCCCAGCAAGAGCACCAGGUCGAGCGCGAGGAGGAGCGGAGGCGGCGGAGCCAGUCGAUCGGCGGCCAAGGGGUUCAACGUGCCGGAGGGCGCCGGUCCCGAGGCCUUUCUCGGGCUGGUGAGCGCCGGCAGCGCCCUCUCCCAGCGACCCACGCGGCGAACGCCCAUCCGCGCGCCCUCGGCCGACGACUGA